GUAGAAAAAUGAAGUUGGUCAGAUUCCUGAUGAAGUUGUCUCACGAGACCGUCAAUAUUGAAUUGAAGAACGGUACUCAGGUGUCCGGCACUAUCAUGGGAGUCGAUGUUGCGAUGAACACACAUCUUCGUGCCGUCUCAAUGACAGUUAAGAACAAGGAGCCAGUCAAACUCGACACGCUUUCAAUCAGAGGUAACAACAUCAGAUACAUCAUUUUGCCGGAUCCACUCGCUCUUGACACCCUUUUAAUCGACGAUGAACCAAGAAAGAAGGCCCGUGCCGCUCGCGCCGGAGCUUCACGUGGACGUGGUCGUGGUGGAAUGCGCGGAGGAAGAGGAGGUCGUGGUCGCGGACGCGGAGGACCACGCGGAGGCGGUCCACGUCGUUAAGCUAUCAUCGGGUCAUAGCAAAUUUGAGUAUCGAACGUCCUAUACUUUUGUAUCACGUUCCUCAAGUUUAAUUCACAUUUUGUUCCCGUUAAAGUUGCUGACUUUUGUUUAAAUCUUUUGAAAUAAUUUAUUACGGCUUUCCGAGUCAACACAAAUUUCCCAAGUUUCGCAGCCCGUGAGAACAACUGUACUUUAUUUUGUUGUUACGUUCUGAUCUCUAUAAAUUUCUUCAAUUC